CUAACCCGGGAAGAAGCUCGCUGUAGUCCCUCGGCACACACACCUUUCAAAAGAGCCCAAAACCAUGCAUACACUUGGUUCAAGAACAGCAUGCAAUUUACUUUGGUUAUGCCUUUUUUAGGUGUUUUAGGCACAUUUUACAGGAAUGCUAAGGGGUUAACAGAGAUUUAGACUGUGGUAUUAUUAUUAGACUCUGAAUGGCAUAAUUAUUUUUGGCAGUUCCUCCUUAUUUUAAUUAUUUCCUAUCCAGCCUAGUAUUUUGCACCUGCUAGUGUGUAAUAUUUACACACCUGAAGUCCAUCUUUCCUCAAAGCGGUUAUUUAAAUUCCAUUUUUGGUAUCCAUUUAUGCCAUAAUUGGAGAUCAGCAGGAACGACCGUUUCACGUACCUUUCUUAAACUUUGUUUUGAGUGUUUCAUCACAGGAAAUGGCGGUUUCUGUUCUUCCUGAUUGCAUGAACUAUAGCAUAAAGCAGAACGUGAGUGUUUUGUGUGUGGGGACGCGUGUAUGUCGCGGGGUGUGGUUUCUCUUGCUGCUUUGAGGGAGUUGGCCCCGAUCUCAUUUGUCACAAGCCACAUGCGACCUGUUUCAAGAGCAGCGUGCAACAGUAGUCGCCUGUUGUAGAAGACAGCUGUCGUACGUCGCCCGCUUCCAUUGUGUCGUCGCAGCGGCCGGUCAUGGAGACGGAGCCAGGUAUUGUGUCUCCGUUCAAGCGAGUGUUUCUGAAAGGAGAGAAGGGGAGAGAUAAGAAGGCUCUGGAGAAGUCCACUGAGCGCAGGGCCCUCCACACCUUCUCCCUCUCUCUCCCAGACCACCGGAUCGACCCAGACAUUCUGCUCAAUGACUACAUUGAGAAGGAAGUUAAGUAUCUGGGACAGCUGACCUCAGUUCCUGGAUAUCUGAAUCCCUCCAGUCGCACAGAAGUUCUGCAGCUUAUUGACAAUGCCAGGAAGUCCCAUCAGCUGGCAGGGCAGCUGACAUCAGAGCAGGAUGCUGUUGUCAGUCUGUCAGCAUACAAUGUGAAGCUCGUGUGGCGUGAUGGAGAGGACAUCAUUCUUCGUGUACCCAUCCACGACAUUGCGGCUGUGUCAUACAUCAGAGACGACUCACUCCACCUUGUGGUGCUAAAAACAGCUCAGGAGCCUGGUGGUUCCCCGUGUCAUAGUACAGAGAUGUCCAAAUCUCCCACUCUGAGCUCUCUGUCAGAGAGUGGGGCGGUGCUCGUGGAGGUGUGCUGUCUGCUUGUCCUGGCUGUUGACAACAAGGCUGCAGCAGAGGAGCUCUGUCUUCUACUCAGUCAAGUCUUCCAGAUCGUCUACACAGAGUCUACCAUUGACUUCCUGGACAGGGCCAUCUUCGAUGGAGCCACGACACCCACCAGGCACCUCUCGAUCUACAGCGAGGACUCCUCGAGCAAAGUAGAUGUCAAAGAAGUGUUUGAGACCGAGGCAAGCACAUUUUCGUUCCAGAGUUCUCUAGAGGCGGGACACUCCUCUAGCCCCUCCCCCUCCUCCACUCCGGCCUCACCACAAACCAAAACAGCCAGUGAGAGUGAACUGAGCACAACAGCUGCUGAACUGCUGCAAGACUACAUGACCACAUUGAGGACGAAGCUGUCGUCUCAGGAGAUCCAGCAGUUUGCCACGCUGUUACAUGAGUACAGAAACGGAGCCUCCAUCCAUGAGUUCUGUAUCAACCUGCGUCAGCUUUAUGGAGACAGCAGGAAGUUCCUCCUCCUUGGACUGCGGCCUUUCAUUCCUGAGAAGGACAGCCAGCACUUUGAGAACUUUUUGGAGACCAUCGGCGUGAAGGACGGCCGCGGCAUCAUAACGGACAGCUUCGGCCGUUACAAACGCACGACGAGCUCCGCGUCAGACUCCACCACCAACGGAAACGGCGCCGCAGGCGGUUCGGACGAGGGAACGGCGACCUCCGAGGGCGACGAGUGGGAUCGUAUGAUUUCAGACAUAAGCAAUGACAUUGAAGCGUUAGGAAGCAGUAUGGACCAGGACGGCGUGUCGUCUUGAUGUCACGGCACUUCGUUAGCCAAUCACCACUUGAGAUAAUCACGCGGGCCAUCGGUCCGUAUUGCUGUCCAUCAAAUCUGACAAUGCUGGAUACUGUAUGGAUACCACUUCCUGGCGAUCAGUCUUAUUUUUAUAUGUUGUGCCAUAUUAACACAACUUUAACACGAUUGUGAUUUUCAAGACCUGUGAUAGAAGGAUCGUUUAUUGCUGUGGACAGCAGUUUCGUUCCUCUGGGAUGUUUAUUGGCAGUAUCUGCUACCACUAAUGAGAAACCUUGUUGCUGGUGGAUGUUGCUCGUUCACACUGAUCUGAGAGCGGUUUGCUAGUGUGUCCUUUAAUAGUAAGGCGACUUCCGGUCAGUGUGAAGGGGUUAAAUCUACCUGGAGUGUGGAGCAUUGCCUAGUGGCCUUCCUAAACCGUGUUCUGGAUUGCCUCAUGCGUGUCGUAACCUGAUGGAAGUGAAGUGCAGUAUAUUUCCUCCUGCACUGAAGUGUGCUCAUCAAAACUUGACCUUUUUACACCUUUAUAUUAUCUGGUCGAUGUUUGUGUUACACUUGUUUUUCCUCUAACAUAUAUUUUUCACUUCUUUAUAUUUUGUUUCAGCCAGGAUUGGUUAUAAUUACCCAGUUAUUAUCAUGUGGGUUUCUUCAGGUAGGAAAUGUAGCACUAUAUAUUUUUGGUUUUGAUUGAAAACCUCGGAAAAUUUGGUUGUUAGACAAAGUCAGUUUUCUGGCUGAUCGCAAUAUUCAGUACACUGCAUUGCAUCCGUGUCCCGUCGUUCGUUGUAUCCUCCUCGGUUUUCGGUAAUCUAACAUUGUGCCUUGCAGAAUCACUGAUUGUAUCAUCCAACAGGGAUGUAAGUAAUAUUCUGUAAUCUGUACAGAACUUGACUGAAGUAUGAAUUUAUUAAAAAGUGCAGCACUUACAUCCUCA